AAAUAUUAAGAAUCAUUAGUUUAUUUGUAAGAAAUGAAAAUAACAUAAAUAACAGUAAAAAUGGAAGAAAUUGAAUACACAGAGUAUCCUAUAAAGUUAAUCAGUCUGGAUGACGAAACUAUACCUGGCUGUGGUGUGAUUGAUAUUUCAUUUAAAAAUGUAUCAGGCACAAAGGUUGCAAAAUUGUCGUUUCAAAAUAACUACACUUCUUUUAUAACUAUUAAAGGGAAAUCUGUAACAGGUAACUUUAAGACUCUUUUAAAAAAUUUUCGUUUGAUGCAAUUUUGUCAUUAUGCAGACGAUAGUCAGAAUUUCUUUUUGAUCAAAUCUGAGGAUUUAUGUUGCAAUGAACCUUUGAUUGGUUUGAAGUUUAUUUUACGGCAACCAUCACCACAGUGGAGAUGUUUUAACAUUAAAGAUAUCAAAAUUUACAGAAGUACAUCUAAAGUGUGGCAGAAUAGUGUUGCAAAAUAUUGAUGGUUGCAAAUUUGAUUGUCAAAAAUGUAGAAAAGGAAUAAUGUUGCAAAUUGUCAUAUUAUUGAUUGUCAAAUAACAGAAUAACGAAUAAUGUUGCAAAUGGGUCGAAAAUAAAAAAAGAAAUAAAUAAAGAACUCGAAGAUAAACCCUUGUAACAAAGUCUAACAUUAGUUACAAAAUUUAAUGCAAGUAAAAAGAUAUGUUUUGCAAUAUUUUGAAGACUUAUGCAAAGCCAACCAAGACGUAGACUUGUGCGUUUCUCUGCGAAGCAAACCAAAACGUAGACUUGUGCGUAUCUCGGCGAAGCCAACUCUGGUUGUGUUUUAUUUUCUCUGGUUGUGCGUUUCUCUGCAAAACCAACCGAGACGUAGACUUGUUCGUUUCUCUGCAAAGCCAACCAAGAGCUAAUCAUCAAAGCAAACUAAGAGUAGAACUAAUAACAAACUAUAAUCAAAGGCGUAUUUUUUUCAAAAAGUAGUCAAGAAGCUUGACUACAUUGUGAAUUCGACCAAUCAGUUCAAGAACAAUUUUGAAUACUAGAAGUUACUAUAGCACCUUCAUAACUAAUAAAGUGUUUCCACGCAACCAAAUUACGCUCCAGUUAUUAUUACUAACUAUUAUAAACAAAAAAAUUCAGCAAUGAAACGUAACAUUUGAACAAAGUUAUUGUGACAUUUUUAUUUGAAUAAGAGACGAGGUAGUAUUAUCCAGUUUUUAUGGGGCAGGUAAGAAUGUAAUGCACGCCACAUAACUAAUUUAUUGACAAAUAAAAAUACAUUUCUUAAAAAAA